UCUGCAGUUAUAGUUGGGUGUCUUGGGGGCCUACAUUUCCCAUGAGCUCUUCCAUUCUGAGUUUUGCGGCUGCGCAAUAUCAUUUGAAAACUUGCAUGGUGAGGGACGCUGUGGAGGAGAAAGGCAACUCAGUGAGCUAAGCACAAUGGCGACGGCGGCGACAACAGCAGGCGGGACGGGUUCAGGCGGUUCAGCCGCUGGUCCAGUUGGUGGUGGAACCGCAGUAGCACGAAAGAAAGACGGCGGUCCUUCAACAAAAUUUUGGGAAAGUUCAGAAACGAUUUCUCAGCUUGAGACAGUGCGACUUUGGAUCGGAAAGCACUACAAGAAGUAUGUUCAAAAUGACUCUCCAUCUAGUAAAUCUCUGGCUGGCCUGGUGGUCCAGUUGCUUCAGUUCCAAGAGGAUGCGUUUGGGCGCAGGGUCAACAAUCCCCCUCUUACCAAGCUACCUGCCAAAUGUUUCCUUGAUUUGAAGGCGGGAGGUACUCUCUGUCACAUCUUGGGAUCAGUUUACAAGUACAAAAGCGAACAGGGCUGGAGGAGAUUUGACCUGCAGAAUCCGUCACGAAUGGACCGGAAUGUGGAAAUGUUCCUAAAUGUCGAGAAGCACCUGGUCCAGAAUAACUGCUUGACUCGGCCCCUCGUCUACCUGUCACCAGAAAUUGAGCAAAAACAAGCCAGCAAGCUCAAAGAUAUCAUCAAAAGGCACCAGGGUUCCGUCACUGAGGAAAAGUCAAAAGCGUCUCAUCACAUUUACCCCUCUCUGCCACAGCAAGAAGAUGAGGAGUGGCUGCGUCCUGUCAUGAGGAAGGACAAGCAGGUUCUUGUUCACUGGGGCUUCUACCCAGACAGCUAUGACACCUGGGUAUCAACCGGUGAGGUGGAUGGUGAUGUGGAAGAUCCUCCUAGCACUGAAAAAGCCUGGAAGGUUCAUGCCAAGUGGGUUUUAGACACAGAUACCUUCAAUGAGUGGAUGAAUGAGGAGGAUUACGAGGUGGAUGAGAGCAAAAAGCCGGUCAGCUUCCGCCAGAGGAUCAUCCCCAAAGAAGAAGAGUCUUCCCGUACACCCGAUCGCAAGGAGCGCAAGGCCAACUCUGCCGGCAAGAAGAGGAGACGCUCCCCCUCGCCCCCCAGCACCCCAGCUGAGUCCCGGAAAAAAGGAGGAAAGAAGGGGAACCCAGGGCCUCAUUGGAAGCGACGGGGACACAGAGAGGAGGAGGACACAGAGGAAGACAUGACAAAGGACAUGGAUGACUCCUCUGCUGGCGCCAGCAUGGAAGAUGGCUGUGUGUCCAAGAAUGCUAAUUCAAAAAAAGACAGUGAAAAUACUCCAGUCAAGGGAGGGAAUAUGGCAGAUUUGGAUGACAUGGAAGAUGAUUCUGUGCUGUCCGGUGGAAAGGAUGAUGAUGAACAAGGCAAAGGAGAAAUCAGUCGGAUGGAUGCUGGAGAGGACAACGUAACUGAACAGACACAUCACAUCAUCAUUCCCAGCUAUGCUGCCUGGUUCGACUACAACAGCAUUCAUGAGAUUGAGAGAAGAGCUCUUCCAGAGUUCUUUAAUGGGAAGAACAAGUCCAAAACUCCAGAAAUAUACCUGGCCUAUCGGAACUUCAUGAUUGACACGUAUCGGCUGAACCCUCAGGAGUACCUGACCUCCACCUCCUGUCGCAGAAACCUGACUGGGGACGUCUGUGCUAUCAUGAGGGUUCAUGCAUUCCUGGAGCAGUGGGGUUUGGUCAAUUACCAGGUGGAUGCUGAGAGUCGCCCGCUACCCAUGGGCCCCCCUCCUACACCCCACUUCACAGUGCUGGCUGACACCCCCUCUGGCCUCAUGCCCCUCAACCACCGACCUCCACCUAUUCCUCCUCCACAGCCAAUGCCCAACUUUGCAGAUAAGGCCAAAGACAAACCAAUUGACCUGCAGAACUUUGGCCUCCGCCCAGACCUCUACAAGAAAAACGCCAAGCAGGGAAAAGGAGCCAGCACCACCAGAGAAUGGACUGAGCAAGAGACUCUGCUGCUGCUUGAGGCCCUGGAGAUGUACAAAGACGACUGGAACAAAGUGUCGGAGCACGUUGGUUCACGCACCCAAGAUGAAUGUAUCCUGCACUUUCUGCGGCUGCCCAUAGAAGAUCCAUAUCUCGAAAGCACAGAAACGUCUCUGGGCCCUUUGGCCUACCAGCCUAUUCCCUUCAGCCAGUCUGGAAACCCUGUAAUGAGCACAGUAGCCUUCCUGGCUUCUGUUGUGGAUCCCAGAGUGGCAUCUGCUGCAGCCAAGGCAGCUUUAGAGGAGUUCUCUCGUGUGCGUGAGGAAGUUCCAGCCGAGUUGGUGGAAGCUCACGUCAAGAAGGUGCAGGAGGCAGCAAGGAGCACAGGCAAAGUGGACCCCACAUUUGGCCUUGAGAGCAGCGGCAUUGCUGGAACGGCCCCCGAGGAGCCAGAAAAAACAGAAAGCACAGAACCAGAAAAGAUGGAAACAAAUUCAGACUCCCAGCAGGCUGAUAAGGCUGAGCUGAAGGAUGAGGCAGAAAAGCCCAGUGAGUCUGCAGAGAAAAGCGACAAGAUGGAGACCGCAGAAAAGGUGAAGAAGGAAGGAGCAGAGGCAUCAGAGCAUGAACAGGAGAAUGAGGAGGAAGGGGAGACUAAAGCAGCUUCAACAGAUAAAGAUAAGGAUGAAACUAUGGACUCCUCAUCUUCAGAGCAAGAGAAGGAUAAGGAGGAAAAGGCAGCUAAUGAGGAGGGAGAUGAAAAGCAGAAAACGUUGGAACACGACAUUGGAGAGGGAAACAUCGCUACAGCUGCUGCUGCUGCUCUUGCAUCUGCUGCCACCAAGGCUAAGCACUUGGCAGCAGUUGAGGAAAGGAAAAUCAAGUCUCUAGUUGCUUUGCUCGUGGAAACCCAGAUGAAGAAGUUGGAAAUCAAGUUGAGACACUUCGAAGAGCUUGAGACCAUCAUGGACCGUGAGAAAGAAGCUUUGGAGCUUCAGAGGCAGCAGCUCCUCACCGAGCGGCAGGCCUUCCACAUGGAGCAGCUGAAAUACGCUGAGAUGAAGGCGAGACAACAGAUGGAGCAGCAGGCCGCUGCUGCCGCUGCCGCCGCCACCGCCGCCGUCCAGGCACAAGGUCAGGGUUCUGGAUCAGGCCCCCAUCCUGCUCCAGGCCCCCAUCCUGGCCCUCCUCCACAUGGUAUGCAUCAUGGCGGGCCCCUGCCCCACCAUGGAGGACCUCCUGCUACCCACCUUGGAGGACCCCCGCAACACCAUGGAGGGCCUCCUCCCCACCACGGUGGACCCCCACCGGGUGCUGCAAUGCAUCCUGGAUUUCCCCCAAUGGGCCACCACACCAUGGCCCCCCAUCACCCAGGACAGACAGGACCGAUGGAACCGGGUCAGCCAAUGCCAGGACGCAUGCUGACCGGUCCACCCUCUGGCGGCCCACCUCCAGGGGGCAUUCCUCCCAUGAUGCCCCCACGUCACCCUGGAGCCCCCAAUGGCAUGUAUCCUGGUCCCCCACCUGCACAGCCUGAGGCAGUGCCUCCUGCACCCGUGGCUCCUCCAGCACCCCCGAGUGGACGAGUGUCUGACAAUUAAGACAUACAUACAGAAAAAGCACACGUGCAUAAAGCUAAAACUCUGUCUCUGGCCUUUGCUUGUCGCUACGUUUUUCUCCCUCGCAUUCAAGAAACCAUAAACUUUACCCCCCCUGACACACAAACCCACACUCUGGGUUCCUUGGCAAAAAGGACCCAACUUCACAAACACAUGCAGACUUCCUCUCAGGGCACAGCGGCGAGGUAAUAAACACUGUUAUACACUCUGUUGAGCAAAAGUAAGGCUGAAGACAACAACCCUGUGUAUAAAAAAAACCAAACAAGGAGACAGAAAAUAUUUUUGAAAAAUUCUCCUUUCUCAGCUUCUUUUUUUGUUCGAAUGACACUGUAACGCUUUCCAGAGUAACAAAAACAAACAGGAAACAUACAUGCUCACCUGUACCCCCUUUUCUCUUAGAUAUAAACCUCGAGGGGAUGCUUGUGAGACCAGUCCGUGUGCUUAGUAGUCUGAGCUAUGACAUGUGAGGCAGUCAUCAGAUUCAGUGAAUACCGUGAAUAAUAAAAACAUGGUGGAUAAAGCCUGCCCUCGCUCCUGCUGAGUAUCUACCUCUCGCACUUCUUUAAAUGAUACACUGUAGUUCUGUGUGUGUGCGUGUGUGAAGACAAAUGGAGGAUUGAUUUUAGUCUGUUUGUUUUUUAAGGGGUUUUACCUUCUGCUGAAGUUACAGAAAUUUAAACUGUAGAAUAAAAAGACAAAACGUUACUUAAUGAUUUAGCUUCAGACAAAAAGCCUAGUAGGUCAAAUGCUGCUGGAAAGACUGUUAUUUUUCUGAUGAGGUGCAUCCAAGUUCUUCGUCUGGUAGGUGUAAUAAGUUAUUCAGUCCAUGGCAACUUUUUGUUGCCCAUCAAAUUAAAUGUCAGAAAAUAAUGCAAGAAUUGUCUAAAUGAAUCAAGUUUUGUUUACUUACCUUGAUCGAAUUGUAAAAGGUGAAAUACCAGCGUUGUUCCUAUUAAGUUCAAAUGAAAACCCGCCCAGUUGCUCUGAUCUUCUGACAUAAACUUUGUGUUUAAUGUUGGUUGAUGAUUUCACUGAAUUUAGAGUUUACUGAUAGGAAACUACAGUCAGGUGCAGGCUGACCUCAUUCUGCUAAAUCUGAAGCAUUAUUUCAAAUAAAUUGGCAGCAGUGACAAAAUUUAAAUAAAUAAAGUUUAUAAAAAAUGGUGUUUUAGAACUGAUAACUGAAAUAAAACUUAAUUAUCUUUAUGGUAAAUAUAAAAUUGUUUUGUUUACAGAUCUGAUUAGACCAUAAAGGAUUCCCAGAUGGUUAACAUUCCUCCUUCUGUCUCAGCACCCAGAGCACUGUAACACACACAGAAAUGUAAGCUAAGCUCAGGCAAACACUGGGGGCUGCAUGCACACACCCACGUCUUGGUUAAAACCUGACCCACACAAACACACACAACCCCUCUGCUGACCUUCACACAGCCUUUACGUAGUGAGACGCUGCGUUUCUGCUCGAACGAGACUGAGCUCUUCCUCAGCACCGUGGGUAUUCUGGUCACUCUUUAGGUGCUGCUACUGUAGCUAUUCAACCCCCUGUUUCUCUGCUCAGUUUCCUCACGCCUAGUACUGCCUACCUCGCUAACGCCUCCUCCUCUUCCUAAUAUCACUUUUUGUUUUUCGGCUACUAAUCUUUGUAAAACUUCAAUAUUCUUCUGCAGUCUUAUACAUCUGUGAACUAAGCAAAGAAAAAUAUGGAAAUAAUGAUGCAUUAAUCAUUCAAAUUGCUGUUAAUGUAGUCCAUGAGUAACAUCGUUUGGUGUAAAAGUAUAUUGUCGAAAUGUGAUGAAAAAGUUUCAAUUUUUUGGCUUUACUUCACCAGGAGCUUAAAAAAUGUUUCCAAAUAUUAACAGCCAUUGCUGUAAGAUGUUUUCUCAUCAUUGAGUCAAGUUGUCAACAUUUAAACUUGUAGAUGUAAAAUUUGAUCUGUUUGGCAUUUGAUUCCAGUUUCCUAUGUACAAAUUAUUUAAUAUAAAAUAAGUCACAUGUUCACACAAGUUGCUAUUAAACCCAAAAACGGUACCUUAGCUUAAAACUGUUACUCCUUCUUUUUAGCGCUGUUGGCAUCUCUGCUACCUCUUCCUCAUUCAUCUGCUAGCUACCUCUUCUAGAAAUCGUUCUCUUGCUCUCUGCUACCUCUCGCACCCUGUAGCUACCUCUCGUUAGCCUUUCCUUCCCUUUUCAGUCUUUGUUUUUGAGUGCUGCCCACAUGACUGCUGUCCCUGCUGUGCUCUUGUCCCAGGCUGCAGGAAGAAGAAAACACAAACGUUCGUUCGAUCGUGCUCUCAUUUGCCCUUUUUUUUUUUUUUUAUCAUAUAUGUAUUUUUUCCUGUGUUAACAUCUUACUAGGUGUGUGAUUUAUCUUCACUUAAACAUGACAUAAUUCCCUUACAUAUAUUAUCUUUCAUGGAUGCUUUUUUGUGUUGAUGGUAAUGUAUUUUUAAGGAGACGUUUUGUGUAGAUGGAAGUUUUCUCUGUUUGUAGCAUUUGUUUUGUUUUCUUUUUAUUUUGUAUGGGGUCUGUUGGUAUUUGGACCUAGACAGUGUCAAAUAAACAGUUUUCUAAUAA